AUGGCUCUCGGCUCUGAGGUCAGAGAUGACCAGGCUUCGGUCAGCAAGGUGGAGGAAGCCAUUGCUAGCAGCGAUGGCCCCACCACGACCGAGUCUGCCCCCUUCGUCGAUGACGCGACCGAGAAGAGGAUCUUGACGAAGCUCGAUCGGCGUAUCAUUCCUUGUGUCUGUUGGAUUUACCUGAUGAACUUUAUGGACCGAGUUGGCAUUGGCAAUGCGCGUCUUUACGGACUUGAGGAUGAGCUUGGCCUGACUGGCGACCAAUAUCAACUCGCCGUGUCCAUUCUCUUUGUCACCUAUUGUUUGUUCGAAACGCCCUCCAACCUGAUCAUCAAGAAGAUGCAACCUGCCAGAUACAUUGCUGGCCUCCUCUUCUUCUGGGGUAUCGUCGCCUGCUUCACUGGCUUCGUCAACAACUUUGCUGCCCUCGUCGCCUGUCGUCUCCUCUUGGGCUUCUUUGAAGCUGGACUGUUUCCUGGUAUUAUGUUGUAUCUCACAAUGUUCUACUCGAAGCGUCACAUCUCUCUGCGCAACGCCUACUUCUACUCCAUCUCGGCCAUCUCAGGAGCCAUCGGCGGUCUUGUCGCCCUUGGUAUUGGUGAGCUGGAUAACUGGGACGGCGAAGGGCAGGGCGCUGCCGGAUGGCGAGCUUGGAGAUGGAUCAUCACCAUCAAUGGAAUCCCCACGGUGUUGACUGCCUUCGUCGUUCCUUUCAUCCUGCCCAACUCUCCUGAGACGGCAAAGUUCUUGUCCGAAGACGAACGCAAUGCUCUUACGGCCCUCCGAGCAGCUGAGAUUGGACAAACGGUGUCCGGCCAACAGCUACACAAGGAAGAUGUCAUGGCUGGAGUCAAGGAUUGGACUAUCUGGGCCCUGUCCAUUGCUCAGUACUGCAGUCACUCCGUCCUCUACAGCUUCAGCGUCUUCUUGCCAACGAUCAUCAAGCAGAUGGGUACCUGGAGCGCCAAGCAAGUACAAGGCCUCACGGUGCCCGUGUACGUUCUUGGCUUCGCCGUCUACCUGAUCUGCGCAAACAUCAGUGACCGCACGCAGCAAAGAGGCCUUUUCUGCAUGGGAGGUGGAGUUGUAAUGAUUAUCGGCUACUGCCUCCUGAUCGCGAAUUACAGCGUCGCCAUGAGUUUUGCAGGUUGCUUCUUUGUUGCCAUGGGAUUAUGGACGGGCUCGGGAUCUGGAAUGGCCUGGAUCACUGUCAACCAGCCGCGCUAUGGUAAGCGUGCGUUUGCUAGUGGUAUCUUUAUUACCAUUGGCAACUCGGCCGGCGUUGCGGCACCAUUCCUCUUCAGCAACGAUUAUGAGCCUCACUACCGCCCUGGCUACGCCGCGACAAUUGGCAUGCUCGUCCUUGCCAUUGUCAUUCACGGCUGUGUCUACCUGCACUUUAGGCGGCUCAACAAUAGAAAGCUGUCCGGAAAGGAAGAUUGGAGAAUGGAGGGCAAGACGGAAGAGGAGAUCAAUGAGUUGGGCGAGCACAACCCCCGAUACCUGUACACCCUGUAG